AGCAAAAAUAGUACUACAGUUCUGUCAUCGCCGGGGAUCGGCGUAUCACGAAGCGGUACAUUCCGAGGCGGCAACGAUGGACGUGAAGCUGCACACCAUCGUCUCUCGCUUCCCGUUUCCCUUCCCCACCCUUGACGACGAUGACGAAGUGCUUGAGUCAACCAGCCAUGCAGCGGAGAGCGUGGGAGGACGAGCGCCACGGCGUGUUGCGCCGCUCGUCUCCUCGCAUCGCGCUACGGCGGAGGGCGUGGACGGCGCGCACGCCUACGUGCUGGCGGCCGCCGCGACUUCCUCCCCAUCCGUCACGGAAUCUGCCAGAAGUUCCCCUUCUCGAAAAGGAGUCUCGCGUGGCACAGAAUCCGUGGACUUGACGAAGCUGGCCUCGCGCUUGUGGAACACGGAACUGCAGCGCGCUGCCGCCACGGCCGCCCCAACGGUGUGCGUCUUCCGCCCCCCUCCGUUUGUAUUGGAUCACACCGCCUAUCGAGGGGCCUCGGUGUAUGUGCUGCCCUCCGGUGUGGUGCGCCUGGUGACUUACGGGGCGGUGACCGCCACGCUGCGAAUCGCGCGCCGCGUGCAGGCGAUGCUGGGGGAGGCGUACCUGCCCUCCGUCGCUCGCCGCGCAGCGAGGGAAGAGCGGCGGCUGCUCCGUGCGGUGCUGGAUGCGGGCAGCGACGAGGUAGGCCGUGCAAAGUGCGAGGAGGGCGCAAAAGAGACUGCACCAACGGAUGCCGGUGUGUCCCUCGCCGCGGCCCUCGCCAGCAACGAUGAGCGGUCUCCACGAUCCUUCCUGCUCACGCGUCCUCCUGGCAGGACGGGGCGAACACACGCCGACGCCACACCGACGCACCGGGAUGUGAAAGGGAAAAGAGCGAGAGCGCAGCAGGGACGUACGGUGGAACACGCAGAGGAAUUGCCGGACACGGCGUUGAAGAUUGAUUUUAUCCAAUCUAUGGCGACUCCACGGUGGGACGAAGUGGCAGGGCUGCGCGAGGCUUUCUUUGCGGAGACGAACAGACGAGGCAACGCCGAGGCGUCCCCAGCCGUGGUGUCGGCCAGUGUCGCCGUCGGUCAGGCGUAUCCGCUCUCCGAUACACACGACUGUCGGUCUGCGCCAGGCGCUCCCUCACAGGGCGAAAUCACUGCUGACUCAGCCCUUUUCUUCUCGUUGAAGUCUGCGACUCCGGUGAGGGUUGCGCGUGCCAGCGUGAACGUGCGCGGUGAUGCGCCGAUGGCGUGGUGGCGCUGGUACUUGGCGGCGAGCACCCAACGUGACCGUGACGGGCCCUUGCUGGACUCUUCGUCAGGUGCAGGGGCACAAUUGACGGCCGCGGACAGGUCGUCUGCAAAAGAUCAGGACGAUGAGAACUCAGCAACGGCUACGAUGGAGCACGCGGAUGGCACCGGCGGAUUCUGGACCUGCGCCGGCCACAAGGAGGUGUCACCGACCUCACACAGCGCGGCUUUCUUCGUACGGUAUCUGCAGCACAAGCGCUCCUUCGUGCCGCAUCACGUCGUCUCCUUCAAGGUGCGUCGUAAUGCAUCGCUGAGCAGCAUUCAGCUGUUGCUCGAGUGGAACGCAGCAGCUCCGCCUGCCUCUGGACGGAACCUGCAGCGGUCGGUUCUCACGACGCCUCGCGUCCCUCUCCAGACCUCACUGCGUCUGCCUUUGGGAAGUGCCAGCGCCGCAAACUAUUCCGCAGCGGCGAAGACGGACGAAGACGCACAGCCAAGCGGUGCGCACGUCGGUGGAGAAGCGCCGCCCGCCAGUUCUACUGCGGCUGCUGCCGGCACCCAACACUCUCCUGAGGCAUGGGUGACGGAGGCGAGCGCGGCGAACUUUUUUCUGGAGUCAACGUUCAUUGCCGAGUCCGCCGCACCGUACGGCUUGGAGAGCACCCGUGCGAGCACCGGCAGGGAGGCGGAGACGUCGCUGCCGCCUGUCUCAGAAGGUUCUUCUUCUUCGUUCGAUGUUUCAGCGGGGAAACGGGGGAGGGCGGAAAAGGCACUGUCGCCCGCUUCCGACUUUCACGAUCUACAGGAGCUGCAUCCGUCAGCGAAAGUCACGGUAAAGGAGUCAUGGAAGCGGCAGCGACACACGCAGGCGGUCCGGGCCGCAGCACCCGCCACAACGGAGCCGGUCUCGUGCUUGAUUUAUCGCUCCGGUCGUGUGCGGCUCACCACCGGGAGCGAAGCGGCGAUUCGGCAGUUGUGCGACGUGCUCCUCAUUCCGUUCCUCGUAGCCACCGCGGAUCUGGCGCUGUGA